AACCAUCCCGAUCUGGCAACUGGCGGAUUCUCUCCAAUCUGGCAACCCAGGCUGAGAGGUUGUCCGGCUUGAUCGCGCGAGACGGGAGAGGAGGCUGCCAGGGCCGCACGCGAGGCCGAACUUUUACCGGUCACUUUUUCUUUCAGUCUUUUUUUUUUUUCUUUUUUUUUUUUCCUGGCCUCACCUAGUUUUUAUUUUUAAUAUUUCUCCCUUCCUCAGACCCCUUUAAUGGACGCCGUGACUCAAGUUUUAACGAUUAAAUUGUCCUCGCGUGUCAUUUUUAUUUUUAUCGAACAGCUCGCUCGCGUGAAAUUUGACGUGAUUUAAGAAAAGUCCGGAGUUUGACGUCUUUAAGCUAACGCGCUAACAGGACGGAAAAAAAAACCCUCAGAGUGACAACAUCGAAGCAAAACUUCAUCCGAGAUUAAAACUGUCGGUGGACAGAUCGUGGAUUUUGUGUUACUUCAGGAAGGAUUUGGGCCCAAACGGAAAACUUUGAGAUAAACUUUUAUUUUUUUCGUCUCCGCGGUGCUUUUGAACAGCCGGUGAUUAGCAUGCUAAACAGGUGCGGCUAGCCUGAAGACGAGCUUGCGGAUUUUAUUACUUUCUACUUUUUAUUUUUAAACUUUUGGAUCUUUUUAUAAAAAAAAAAAAGUGGUGCUAAGAGCUGAUUGGCCGGUGGUUACCAUGGCGUCUUCGGUGAAGGUGGCAGUUCGCGUGCGGCCCUUCAACAACCGCGAGACGAACCGAGGGGCGAAGUGUGUGAUCCAGAUGCAGGACAAGUCCACCUGCAUCGUCAACCCCAAACAGCCCAAAGACACACCCAAGAGCUUCACUUUCGAUUACUCCUACUGGUCACACAGCGCAGCGGAGGACCCGUGCUUUGCGUCUCAGAGGCAGGUGUAUUUGGACAUCGGAGAAGAAAUGCUCCUUCACGCCUUCGAAGGCUACAACGUCUGCAUCUUUGCGUACGGCCAAACCGGAGCCGGUAAAUCCUACACGAUGAUGGGCAAACAGGAGCCCGAGCAGCAGGGCAUCAUCCCACAGCUCUGUGAAGACUUGUUCAAAAGAACCGCCGAAAACAACGAUCCUGACCUGUCCUACUCCGUGGAGGUGUCCUAUAUGGAGAUUUACUGUGAGCGUGUGAGGGAUUUGCUGAACCCGAAGUGUAAAGGCCCUCUGAGAGUCAGAGAACAUCCCAUCAUGGGACCUUACGUAGAGGAUCUGUCCAAGAUGGCCGUCACCAGCUACAGCGACAUCGCCGAUCUGAUGGACUGCGGCAACAAAGCCAGGACGGUGGCUGCUACCAACAUGAACGAGACGAGCAGUCGCUCUCACGCCGUGUUCACCAUCCUGUUCACACAGAGACGCCACGACCAGAUGACCAACCUCGACACCGAGAAGGUGAGUAAGAUCAGCCUGGUCGACCUGGCAGGAAGUGAAAGAGCGGAUUCUUCUGGGGCAAAGGGCAUGAGGUUAAAGGAAGGUGCAAACAUCAACAAAUCUCUCACUACACUGGGCAAGGUCAUCUCAGCACUGGCAGAUAUGCAAAACACCAAAAAGAGGAAGUCUGACUUCAUCCCUUACAGAGACUCCGUACUUACCUGGCUGCUGAGAGAGAACCUGGGGGGGAACUCUCGUACGGCCAUGAUCGCUGCUCUGAGUCCAGCAGAUAUCAACUAUGAGGAAACCCUCAGUACACUCAGGUAUGCGGACCGGGCGAAGCAGAUCCGCUGUAACGCCGUCAUUAAUGAAGAUCCGAACGCUCGUCUGGUCCGAGAGCUUAAAGAGGAAGUGGCACGACUCAAAGAGCUGCUACUGGCUCAGGGUCUCAGUGACCUGAUACCUGUUGCAGUAUCUUCUGUAGUUGCAGGUCCAGGCGUAUCCCAGCAGCCCCCUGUCCCUGAUGCCCAGAUUACCCAUGAUGCACCAAUGGAGGACCUCAAUCCCACCAGCCCAAAACCUAUUAGCAAAGAGGAGGCUGUGGAGAGACUGAAGGAGACAGAGAAGAUCAUCGAAGAGCUGAAUGAGACGUGGGAAGACAAACUGCGCAAGACGGAAGCCAUACGAUUAGAGAGGGAGGCCCUGCUGGCGGAGAUGGGAGUGUCCAUAAGAGAAGACGGAGGGACCGUCGGUGUAUUUUCUCCCAAAAAAACUCCACAUUUAGUGAACUUGAAUGAAGAUCCUUUGAUGUCAGAAUGCCUGCUGUAUUACAUUAAAGAUGGAAUAACCAGAGUCGGACAGGAGGAUGUAGAUAUUCGUCUGAGUGGUCAGUUUAUAAAGGAGCUGCACUGUGUGUUCUGCAGUGAAGUGGAAGAAAACGGGGAAGUUGUUGUGACUUUGGAGCCGUUACCCGGAGCGGAAACGUACGUCAACGGCAAACAGAUCACAGAAGGAGUCGUACUCAAACAAGGUAACCGAAUCGUGAUGGGGAAGAACCACGUGUUUCGCUUUAACCAUCCCGAGCAGGCGCGGCUGGAAAGAGAGCGCAGCGUCACGCAGGACCAGCAGGGGGAGCAAGUGGACUGGAGCUACGCACAGAAAGAGCUGCUGGAGAAACAAGGCAUCGAUAUAAAACAGGAGAUGGAAAGAAGGCUGCAGGAUUUGGAGAAUCAGUACCGUAAAGAGAAAGAGGAGGCUGACCAACUGCUGGAACAGCAAAGACUGUAUGCAGACUCAGACAGUGGUGAUGACUCGGAUAAAAGGUCUUGUGAGGAGAGCUGGAGGCUCAUCUCAUCCCUCCGAGAGAAACUACCUGCCAACAAGGUGCAGUCCAUAGUGAAGAAGUGCGGUUUGCCGAGCAGCGGGAAACGCCGCGAGCCUCUGCGUGUGUAUCAGAUUCCUCAGCGACGGCGUCUUCCUGCCAGCCUCGAAACCAAACAGCACCCGAGCGUGGAGGAGCUGCGCACUCAGGCUGUUAAAGAGAUCUGCUACGAGGUGGCCCUGGGAGAUUUCCGGCACACCCGUCAGGAGAUCGAGGCUCUGUCCAUCGUCCGCAUGAAGGAGCUGUGCAGGACGUACGGACAGAGAGACCCUCAGGAGCGAGAGAGCUGGAGGAGCGUGGCGAGGGACGUGUGCAACACGGUGGGCAUCGGAGAGGACGAGACCGAGACGGAGGAGAAACCGGCCGGAGGGAGGGACAGAGAGAAGGAGAGGGGGAGAGGACCGGAGGGAGGGAAGACGGACAUGGGAGAUCUGAAAGCGCACAUCGAUAAGCUGACUGACAUCCUGCAGGAGGUGAAGCUGCAGAACAACAUGAAGGAUGAAGAGAUCAAAGCACUCAGGGACAGAAUGGUCAAGAUGGAGAGCAUAUUUCCUGUAGAGCUGCAGGGAGACGAAGAUUCCAUGACGGAAACGGGCGGAGCUAAUUCCGAAGAGGGGGCGGAGCCCGGUGGAUGGCGCAGCGAGGAGGACGGCGGGUAUCGCCGAGGUCGUCACAGGUGGCAGUAUCCCGAUAAGUAUCAAGAUGUCAAGCGUCGCCGAGGCAACGGCGCUCCGUCCAAUCCCCAAACGGGGCGCCCUCAGAAUAAUCCCUUCGGCGGUGGCGGCGGCGGCGGGGGAUCGGGUCGCAUCCCGAACACUUUCUCCACACCUCAGACCGGCCGCGUCCCAAACGGACCGUUUCUACCGGGGACGGGUCGCUUCCUGCCGCCUUUAGAGAGGAAGUUACAGUUUCCUUUUAAGGGAAAUCCUCAGCACCGGGGCUUCCACUGGGGACCUUCAGCCAGCCAGAGAGAACCGGACACACAGGAAGGAAAGGAUUCCACUUCCUCUUCCUCCUCUGUGCACACUUUCCAGUCCCCGCCUUCUCCGAAUAAGGGCCAGUGGCAGCGGCGUAACCACGGAAACAGAGGACGCGGUAACCGGAACCGAUCUCGCAACCGGGGCCGAAACCCGUUCGACGGUUUCGUUCAGAACCAACACGAGAAUAACGGAGAGCGCAAAGAUGGGGCAGGGUCACACCCGAGGGCGAAGUACACUUGGUACAACCCGAACGCGGGCCCGGUUCAGGACGGAGCCCAACAGAACCAGAACCAGAACCAGCAGAGCAAGCAAGGGUUCCAGAAACACCAGAACCAGUACUACUACGUUCCCCCUCGGCUUCAAUCCGCACCACCCGAGAAGAUCCAGAACUGGUCCGGAGAGAGUUCUGAGCCCACAAAUGCCCCGCCCACUCAGCAUGACAUCACCAGCCCUAUGGAGACCUGAUUGGUUCACUCAUGAGACAGGAAGUGAUGUCGAGGAUUCAGUAAUGUUGAAGAGAGGUGUUGAUGGAGGAUAAAGGAAGUGUUCAGCUGGAUUUGACGUAUAAUAUGAUCAUUUUUUUUUCUUUUGUGAGCGUUUUUGCAGUGGAGACUUUUUUUUUUU